GUCAAAUGGCUCCUGGGGGUAGAUCCUGUUAAUAAUAGGAUUUUCUGGAUGGCUAUUAAAUAUUGGCACUGUCCUGUUGUCUGAAGAAUUUCUGAGAGUACGCUGUAGAUAUUCCCGUCUGAUCUCAGGGCUGAGUUUACAUCGGUUUACAUAAAGAUGCAUAUUCUGGUAGUAAAUGAUGACGGCCCGCCAUCGAAGUCGCUGUCUCCGUACAUCCGCCCAUUCGUCAAUACCCUCCAGUCUGCAGGCCAUCUUGUCUCCGUCGCAAUCCCAGCCUCAUCCCGAUCAUGGAUCAGCAAGGCGCACAUAAGAGAAUCGGUCCUAAAAGCGAACUACGUUUCCUCGGACUCGUUCCGUGAAGACGGUACCUGGGAGGACAACAAUAGCGACAAUAGCAAUGAACCAGAACCAUCAUCAUCCUCCCAAUUACAAAACGGAACAACAGAAAAUAAAUGGCCCUGGGCCAUUAUCACAAACGGCACCCCAGCCAGCUGCGUCCAACUAGGCCUCUUCAACCUCUUCCCCGACAGACCUCCCGUGGACCUAGUCGUAUCGGGACCCAACCAUGGCCGCAACGCAUCAUCCAUCUACAACCUAUCCUCGGGCACAGUUGGCGGGGCCCUGGAAGCAGCCACCUGUCAGAAGCGCGCGAUUGCGCUCUCCUUCGGCAGUAAGGACGAGCAGCCUGCUGAGGUUAUCACGGCCGCGGCUAGAUUGGCCGUUAGGGUUAUCGAGCAUCUGUAUCGGUCGUGGGAUGAGAGGGUGGAGGUUUACAAUCUUAAUGUGCCGAUGCGGGUGGAUGUCGAGGGGCGGCCGGUGAUGUAUACGAGGGCGUUUAGAAAUUAUUGGUCUAGGGGGUGUUUGUAUGCGGAGGUUGAGAGUGAGAGUAAUGGUGACCAUCAUUGCAAUGGGAAUGGGGUGAAGAAGACAAGCACUACUACUAAAGAACGUGUUUUCGCUUUCUCGCCCGAUCUGGCUGAUAUGAAGAAGGGGUUGCAGGCGAGUCCAGAGGGAACGGAUGCUCAUACUGUCUUGAAUGGGUGUACGAGGUGAGUGUUCCCCUAUCCAUGUUACCUUAUAUAAUAAGGGUUCAAUUAUUGACUGCGUUCAGCAUUACGCCCUUACUGGCGCAAGUCUCCCAUGCAUCUGGCCUGGAUGGAGAGUUGAAGCUGGAUCUUGAGAUUUAAAGGAGAAGAGAAGAAGAAUGAAAUAUACCCGCCAUUCUCUAUGUUCUGGUUUAUUUGUUCCCUUCUGUUCUGUUUGUCAGCUGCUUUCUUGAGCGAAUGAUACUCCCUCCUAUUUCGCGUAGAUUAGGUACCUAGAUAUUCACGCAUAACUAAUAUAAUACUUCUAUCGGUGU